UUAUGUUUGUCCAUGCGGUCUUGAGAAUGAUAUCAAAAGAACAGUCUUGGAAGAAGAACCAGCAGAUGAAAUUGACUUGUCUUCAUUUUCGGGUAACUUACGUCGUGAUGAUCGGGAUAAUGCUCGUGAUUGCUGGAAAAUUUCUGAUGGAAAUAACUUUAGAGUCAGAAGCAAGCAUUUUUGCUUUGACAAGUCCAAGGUUCCCGCCGGAAAACAUCUGCUGGAUCUUGUUGCUGUUGAUUGGUUCAAGCCUCAAGGACUCAAAAAGGAUGGACCAUGUAGCUAAGCGUCAGGGUUGUGCAACACAAGUUGCAUCAGAAAAAGGGUUUUUCUCCAUUAUCUUUAAUCUUCAAGUGCCUGGAUCAACACACUAUAGUAUGGUAUUCUAUUUUGUGACAAAAGAAUUAGUUCCUGGAUCCCUCUUGCAACGCUUUGUUGAUGGUGACGAUGAAUUCCGAAAUAGCAGGUUGAAGCUCAUUCCAUCAGUCCCCAAGGGCUCGUGAAUUGUGCGCCAGAGUGUUGGUAGUACUCCUUGUCUACUGGGAAAGGCAGUUGAUUGCAACUAUAUUCGUGGUGCUAAGUAUUUAGAAAUUGAUGUUGAUAUUGGUUCUUCCACUGUUGCUAAUGGAGUUUUGGGGCUGGUUGUUGGUGUGAUUACAACGUUGGUGGUUGAUAUGGCUUUCCUUGUGCAGGCAAAUACCCCUGAUGAGUUGCCGGAGAGGCUUAUUGGAGCUGUUCGUAUCUCUCAUCUAGAACUCAAAUCUGCCAUUGUUCCAAAACUUGAUCCGGAUCCAUCAUAACUGACCAAGUCGUCUCUGUUGUUUCUUCAUACAAAAAAAAAAAAGAUCAUUUGUCUGCAAUCUGCUCGAAUACCAUUUUUUUAUAAACUGGGAUGUAGGUUAAAUUCUUUUUUCCCUUAUCUGUUAGGGUAUUAAUUCUUAAAAGGAAAUUUCUCUUUUGGUGGCUCAAAAGAGAGAGAAAAAAGGGUUUUUUUUUGUUGUUUGGGGGGGGGUUGUCAAGCUCAUAGGAUCUGUAAUUUCUCAACGCAUUGUCAUUUAGGGGUAUUUUAUCAGCUUCAGGUAUAAACUAUGAACAUAUAUAGUAGUCGUAAACUUGUGUUUCUGCCCACCUUGAAGAAAGAUGGAAAUGACCAUCUUUAUAAAAGAGUAAAUCAUCAGCUUCAUCCAUUUAUUUGUAUUUUGUAUUAUAAUAGGAAUUUUCUUUGCCGAAA